CACAGCGAAAACGCCCCAUUUUUCUCUUUAAACAUUGUAUUUUUAUGGCUGAAAUACCCUAAAAAUAACCAACACUGCAGUAUUUUCACGCGCUAGCGUAUUUUUGGCAGCGUGGCAAGGUAUCACUGGAGGCCACUGAUACAUUUUAAAUGCACUCACACACGCGCAGCUACGUGUGCCAUCUUGCUUUUUCAUCGGAAAAUUUUCCAGAAAUUACGUCUAAAAAUUACGAAAAAAACUCAAUUAAAUUAAGUGCAAAUUUUUUCCAAACUAAAUCUAAGUAAAAUUAAGUGAAAUAAAUUCGAACAAUUGCAAAAAUUGGCCCAUAAUUGUUAGCUGGAGAAUUUUUUCAAUCAAGCCAAAUGGGUGCGAAGCUGACGACGUAAAAUUUUGUGUGUACCAACGAAAGAGCGGUGAAAACGGACGGCGCAAGAGCGCAAAGAGAGUGAGCGCAUAGAGAGAGCGAAUCAGUGAGUGGCAAGAAGAAGAGAGCGCUGAGAAGAAGCAGCAGCAGAAGGCAACACUCGAAUAACUCGGUGGUGCGCCUGUUGGGGGAAAAAUGAUGGAAAACUACGAGGAAAUUCACUUGGGUCAUAUUAUAGCCAAGGAUUUGGCCGACAUGGCCGAAGUGAAAUUGCCGAAUGCCAAAGAGUUUCUCAGCUUUGAGAACACUUCAACAAAUUUUGAUUUUGGCGCCGAAAUAAUGGCAACAACGUCGAGCGCGACUGCGACAGAGACAUCAACAUCGACAGCAACAGGCGACGGCGGACCGGCAGCCAAAGCAAAUGUUGAAAUCAAAACAAAAAUAUUUGAAGAACAAGAAAUUGGCGCCAAUAUGGGAGCUGAAAUAUUGAAUGUGCCUCCAUCGCUGCAGCCGUCAAAACUUCUGGAUAAAUCCAACUCCGAGUGUGACGAUGAAGAAGAGGAAGAGGAGGAUGACGAAGAAGACGACGACGAUGAUGAUGAUGAUGACGAGGAAGCGACUGGUGAGGAAACUAACGAGGAUGAGGACGACACCAGCUCGGACUGCUCGUCGGUUGGCGGUGGUGGUGCCACCGACUGGAAACUCCGCUGGCUGCAACGCGAAUUCUACACGGGCCGUGUGCCCCGCAAGGUGAUUGCCAGCAUAAUGCCGCACUUUGCCACAGGUCUGACAGCCGACACCGAUGACUCUGUGCUGUGGGACUAUCUGGCCCAUCUGUUGAACGAGCCGAAGCGGCGUAACAAGUUGUCGAAUGUUAAUACCUUUGACGAUGUCAUCGAUCUGGUGCAGAAAUCUCACAGAAUUAUUGUCCUAACUGGCGCUGGGGUCUCUGUCUCCUGUGGCAUACCAGACUUUCGCUCCACCAAUGGCAUCUAUGCCCGGCUGGCCCACGAUUUCCCCGAUUUACCAGAUCCACAGGCCAUGUUUGAUAUCAACUACUUCAAGCGUGACCCGCGGCCCUUCUACAAAUUUGCCCGCGAGAUCUAUCCGGGGGAGUUUAGGCCCUCGCCUUGCCAUCGCUUUAUCAAGAUGCUGGAGACCAAAGGCAAACUGCUGCGUAAUUAUACGCAGAAUAUUGAUACACUGGAGAGGGUGGCGGGCAUUCAGCGGGUCAUUGAAUGCCAUGGCUCCUUCUCGACGGCCUCGUGCACCAAGUGCAAGUUCAAGUGCAAUGCAGACGCCCUGCGGGCCGAUAUCUUUGCACAACGGAUACCCGUCUGCCCGAAGUGCCAGCCCAAUAAGGAGCUGAGUGUGGAUGCCUCGGUGGCUGUCACCGAAGAUGAGCUCCGGCAGCUGGUCGAGAAUGGCAUAAUGAAGCCCGAUAUUGUUUUCUUUGGCGAAGGCUUACCCGAUGAGUACCAUACAGUGAUGGCCACAGACAAGGAUUCUUGCGAUCUAUUGAUUGUGAUUGGCUCCUCGCUGAAAGUGCGACCAGUGGCCCACAUUCCCAGCAGCAUACCGGCAACGGUGCCGCAGAUUCUCAUCAAUCGUGAGCAGUUGCAUCAUCUGAAGUUUGACGUGGAGUUGCUGGGUGACUCGGAUGUUAUUAUCAAUCAGAUUUGUCAUCGGUUAUCCGGUGACGAUGGCUGCUGGAAGCAGAUGUGCUCCGAUGAGGCAAUACUCACCGAAUGCAAGGAUCUGUUACCGCCAGAGCAUCACCAUCACCUCAGCCUCCAUCACCAUCAAUAUCUGCACCAUCGACACUGCAUCUCGGAAAGCGAGCAGCAGUCACAAUUGGACACAGAUACACAGUCCCUCAAGUCGAACAGCUCGACCGAUUACAUUUUGGGUUCGGCUGGUACUUGCUCCGACUCUGGCUUUGAGUCCUCCACAUUCACAUCCACAGGCAACAAGCGCCCGCCCAGUGCCGAAGAUGCCCAGGAUCGGGCUGCCAUUGAGCGCAUCAAGACAGACAUUGCGAGCUGCGAGCGUCUAGCUGAAGCGGCAGCUGAAAUAGUAGCAGUACCUGCCGUUUCACCUGGUACUGCGCCGCCAGUUGAGAGCUAUCGCCACUUGUCGAUCGACUCCUCAAAGGAUAGCGGCAUUGAGCAGUGCGACAACGAAGCCUCCUCCACCAACCCUGCCAGCUGCUAUGUUCGUCCCAGUAAUCUGGUCCAAGAGACCAAGAGAGUUGUGGGUCGAGGUUUAACACCCAUGCCGGCACAGCGAGGCGGCAAGCGACAGACAGCCGCCGAGCGUCUGGUGCCAGGCACCUUCUAUUGUCACACGAACAACUGUUCGUAUGUGUUCCCAGGUGCCCAGGUAUUUUGGGAUAACGAGUACAGUGAUGAUGAUGAUGAGGAUGACGAGGUGAUGCGUAGGGAUGGACAUGCUGUAGAUCUCUUUGGCAAUAUGGGAGGGGCCAACGAUGAUAAUGACGAUGCUGAGGAAGCCUGUGAUCUGAAUUCAGUACCAUUGUCACCUCUACUGCCCCCAUCGCUAGAGGCACACAUUGUCACCGAGAUAACUGGAGGCGUUAGCGUGCUGGAUGACACUGAACAUCCCUUGGACAGCAGUAGCAGUCCCAGCAAGAAGAGAGCAAGCUCCAGCCUUGAGCAACAGCAGCCAGCAGGACCAGCGAUUAAUGGUGAAACGCCGCCAUCGAAGAAGCGACGACCCAGCGAGGAGGAGGAGAGCCCACCUCCUCAUCCAGCUCCGGCUUCAUACACAAGCAUCGUGUAAAGUAAAGUAAUUAUAUAUUUGUAUGCUUGGUAGUAGAAUAUUUAUUUUAAAUUCAAGUUAAAUCAAUUGAUGCUUAAAGAUUCACAGAACCACAGAAUAUGAAUAUAUGUAUGUAUGUCCAGAGAAGCUCGCCUUGAACGUAAAUUAAGGAUUGAAGCGUAUCGAGAACACACGAGAGGCUUUACCCCUCGUCCUUCGCUGUCCGCCCCUUCUAAUAUUUUCUGCACAAGCUCUUACUUUAUUUAUUAUUUUUUUCCUUUCAAAACGGAACGAAAAGCUGUAAAUGUUAGUAUUUUAUUAUUAUAAGUUUGUUAUUGAGGCCUUUUUAGAUAAAGCAAAUAAAGAUGAGAGAUGGAAACAAAACAAAAAAGAAGAUGGAAGAUGGAGAUGAAAACAAUCGCCUCAACUUUAAAGCUAGGCUUAAGGUAUUAGACAUAUUAAACUACUAUAAACAUUUCUAGAUGUAUUUAAGAACUAGACACGAAGAAA